AAAAACAGUUAAAUAUGACAUAUUUUGUUAAAAUCGUCAAUAGUGUACUCCAUCCCAAAUUUACAAGAUCUCCCAGCAUGCAGUCGGAGGCUGUAAAGCUUGUGAUCGUAGGUGACGUAGGGGUGGGGAAAUCCAGUCUGAAGCACUCCUACGAAUGUAACGCCUUCCCCGGGGAGUAUUUACCCGUGACCAGUGGAAACUACACCUGCAAUGUGUUGAUAGACGGCCUACCCUUCUGUGUGGAUAUCUGGGACACGGCAGGACAGGAAAAUGUCGACAAAUUGCGCCGCCUGUCUUAUUUCAAAACUGAUGCUUUCCUCGUGUGCUACAGCAUAGAAAACAGACAUUCCCUCAACAACAUUGAUUCCAAAUGGGUUCCGGAACUUCGACAGCACUGUCCUGGUGUUCCGAUCGUCUUGGUUGCUUGCAAGAUAGACCUCAGGACGACAUUGCAUGGUAAUCAUCUUAUCAACGCCAUGGAAGGAAAGGCUCUGGCCAAGAAGCUGGACAUGUUGUUCUUUGAGACCAGUUCUCUUCAACUCAAAGGACUACACGAGUGUGUUAAUGCUGCUAUCAGACGAGCCAAAGGAAUGCCUGAUAGAAAACAUGGAAGGUGUACAGUAGUCUCCCGGUGUUGUGUAAUGUAGGGAUUGCAUCUGGCAGUCAGUUUAACACAUAAAAAUCCUAUACUUUUACAUGUUUUAUAUAUACUAGUAAUUCAUUGCCUUUUAAGUAUUUUCGUCAUUUUAACACCCUCCUAUUUUGAUACACUAUUUCAAAAUAUGAUUGUUUUUGUAUUAUUAAUCCCUAUUUGUAUCCACAAUGUCAUGAAAUGAUUUUCAUUAAAUUGCAAUACAUGUAUUUUGCACUAAACAGAAAA